UUAGCAGCGGCGAGCGGCGAGUACAGAAAUGGAAGGAGAAAUAAUGGAACUCGACGAGCUCCGUUACUCGGAUCUCAUCCUAUUGUCUUCGGACAAAGCCGUUGAAUCAACCGAAGAAAUUCAACGGCUGGAAUCUAUAGCCAGAAUGGUAAUGGAAGCCCUAGGGCCAAACGGUCCGGGCCUACUUGCCAUCACCGGAGUCCCCAAAACCUCAAGUCUCCGUCGAAGUUUACUUCCUUUAUCCCGGAAGCUCGCACUUCUCAACAAUGAAGAUCGCAAAAAGCUUCUUAAGGAACAUGAUUUGGGGAGUGAUGUUCCGUUGAAGAAUUUGGAUAGAAUUGUGUCAUCAUUUGCAAAGAAAUUGAAGUAUGACGAAAGGUUUGAGAGUAAUUCUUGUAGAACAAUACAUCAUAGAGUUGUUGAAGGAGAGGACUGUUUAGAGGUUGAUCAUAUGGGAUUCAAGGAUUUAGGAUAUAUCUUUAAUGAGCUGGGGUACUGCAUGAUGGAGGUAGGGCUUUGUCUUGCACAGAUAUGUGAUAAAUUCAUUGGAGGACACGAUCUCGAGCAGAGCUUACUGGAAUCUGGCACGGCAAAAGGACGCCUUAUCCACUAUCAUUCCACUAUUGACAAUCGUAUCAUUAAAGAAUCCGCUAAUAGAAGUGUAAAGAUGGGAGCCAAAAACAAAAUUGAAAUCAAAAGAAGUGAGGAAACAGGUUCUAAACAGAUGGGGAGUGAGGGUUGUGAUGAGGACUUGAGCGACUCUAUGUUGUGGCAGCAGUGGCAUUAUGACUAUGGCAUAUUCACUGUAUUAACAGUGCCGAUGUUUAUAUUGUCAUCUGACAAUGAAGCACUAACGGAGGAAAAUAAUAAUUUGUGCAUGCCUUGUGAGCUAGAAUCUCCUUCCCCUAGUGGACACACAUAUUUGCAAAUAUUUGAUCCCCAAAAAGAUCAGGUUUUUAUGGUGAAGGCACCUCCAGAGAGUUUGAUAGUGCAGGUUGGGGAAGCGGCUGAUAUACUAUCCAAGGGGAAGCUCCGAGCAACACUUCAUAGUGUAUGCAGACCGCCAAAACCUAAAAACUUGAGCAGGGAAACAUUUGUUGUCUUCUUGCAGCCGGCAUGGAGCAAAAAAUUAUAUCUUUCAGAUUACCCUCUUAAGCAGUUACACUCGGAUGAUCAAAGUUGCGGGUUCUGUUCUGAAGAUGACCCCAGAGAAGAGCGGGAAUUAGAGAAACUUAGUCAGAAGAUUCGUAAUAUUGUCCCGUCACUUUCAUCAAGGCUAAAAGACGGGAUGACAUUUGCAGAUUUUUCUCGAGAAACUACCAAUCAGUACUACGGCAGUAGUGGCUUGCAAUCAAACAGAUAGCUCAAGGGUAAAACUCCUAUAAACUCAUGAAUUGUUGUCUCUCGUGCAUUUUAGUUCAAAAUGGUGCUUCAAUAGUCUGAGAAUUCAACACUACAACACGUAUUGGACCAUCUCUCUUCAAGGGUUGCUCUCUGUUGCCACAUAGGAGUACAUGUUGAUUGAGGUAAAGACCAAAGGGAAGGGAUUUAUCGAAGUGCUGUAAUGAAGUGGACUUUUGGAGCAAUUUUACCAUUUGCGACAUACAGAGUAUUAAAGAAAAAUCCGUUUUUAACUAGCCAAGUAGGUUGUGGAUUGUACAUGGCCUUGAUCACGUCUUUUUCAGUAACAAGUGGAUCGGAUGGGUCAUAAGGAUUUGUGAGAAUGCAGUUCCUUGGUUUGGCACAUAUGCUAGGAUCCCAGUUCGGUUUCAUGAACAGCACCACUUCCAGGCAUGCAAGUCAAGAUCAGCACUAGAAAGUCAUUGAACUACUUGUAAGGAAUUAAAUAGAUGGAGAAGGCAUAUCCUGUUCCAUGUAAAACGGAGCACAGUGUAUGCUACAUUGAGGGCGAUUAUAUGGAUAGAGAAGGCAUAUCCUGUUCCAUGUAAAACAGAGCACAAUGUAUGCUACAUUGAGGGCGAUUAUAACUAAAAGGAGAUUGGACCAAUGCCAGAUUAAGGUUGAAUGCGGCCUGCAAUUCAUCCCAGUUUCAAUCUUGAAUGGCAGGUUAAUAUUAAUUUUUUUUUUAGAUAAGGUUAAAAUAAAUCCUUGAACUAUUUAUUAAAGUGUAAUUAAACUUUAGAACUAAAAAAAACUUUAAUUACACCUGAAUUCAGACUGGACCUAA